GCAUUCAGUCAUAUUGAGAGAGUUUCGAACGUCGGACGGAAUUACGGUAUUAUUCUUCACUAUACUAUUUUUUUUUCUUCGGUCGUGUGGGUGCGGGUUUCAUUACUGCUCUCACUCCUGUUCUGCCAACUGUUAUAAUCAGCUUCCUGUUGGCCCACUUUUUGGCAACGCCUCUUGGUUUUCAUAUAAAUCCUUUAUAAAAAUUUAUAUCUCUAAUUGCUUUGUGAUGUUUAUGUAUAAAUUCAAUUAAAUAUAAUAUUUAUUAUUACAAAUUUUAAUUGUGAUUUUUAUUCUGUCUCUGUAUUGUGUAGAUUCAACAGAAUCCAGUGUUAUAAAAAUUUAUAAUACUACGUACCGCAGUCUUUUUUUUUUUGAAUUCAUUUUCUGAGAAAAUGUGCUAAAAAUACAAAAUACCUAAUUAGUUUUUCUGCAAUUCUGUUUAUAAUUUAAGCAAAAAUAAAAUUUGCUAUAUCCCCACAAUCUUCGCUCUCCGAAGCCGCUAAAUAAUAUUUUUAUAAUUUUGUUUUUUUUUUUUUUAUUUUAUUAUAUCUGUUUUGUAAUCAAAAUUUUGAACCAUAAUUUUGUUUAUACACAAAAUUUAAAUUCCCGCUAAAUGCUCUUUUUGGAUAUUGUGUGAAUAUCUUAUACCGCCGCUAUAAGACCCCUAUAGUAGUGUAUAUGUGUUGGAGAUAUAUAAAUAUAAUCCAGAAAUUAGUACCUACCUUAAUAAAGUGAAUUACCUACAAUGUAGCUUUACUCUUGUUCAUCAUACUCAACUCAUGUUAUACAGUUUUUUUUUUUUGUAUUUAUAUUUAGCUAUCGUGUAAUUAAAUAUAGUGAAUUUUUAAGCAAAAAAUUAACGUAUUGAUAUUUCGAGUUCGAAACAAGACGAAGUUUAUUGUGUACCAUGUGUACUAAUUAAAAGGAAUAACUUAACACAGACGGUUGAUGCUGAAAUCGUUAAGCAGAUAAGGUUUUUGAUUACUAAAGCCAUAAGAAGACAAACAAUAAUUCACAUGUGUUGAUCCAAACGGGUGGUGUUCAAACGAAAUGCUUUUGCCUUCAGGGCACAUGACUAACGAUGCCCAGCAACCACCACCAUCAUCAUCGUCAUCAUCAUCAUCCUUGCCACAAUUUGAAAAUGGUUUGAGUAAGGCAUUGGUAAAGCAACAGCCAAAACACCCACAUCAUCAAAUACAUAAUAUUGGAACGACAGGAGAUGCAUUGACAUCAACAACAACAACUGGAGAGGGGCCAACAAUAAGAAAGACUGGAAUAGUAGCAACUACAAAUAAUUCAGCAUCAAAUUGGAAUGAAAUCGGAAGACAUCUUGACGCUUUACAGGAAAAUCUCAAAGAUGGCUGGACUGUUCAUGCUGGCAAAGAGGGACGACUAUACUAUUGCAAUCACAUAACACAAACAUCAGGAUGGAUACCGCCCUGCGAUAACUGGAAUCAAUGUGUAGAUCUGCCAUACGGGUGGGAGAGGGCUGUCGACUCGAAAGGUCGUCCUUAUUUCAUAAAUCACCUGAAUAAGACAUCUACCUAUGAAGCACCAGACUGUGUACGAUGGGAUGAAAAUCCACCAGAACCAAGGGUGGUGGUGCUUCAACGAAGCCAAAAUAUGGGCUUCGGAUUUGUUGCUGGCAGUGAACGACCUGUGAUAGUCCGCUUUGUUACGGAUGGCGGCCCUAGCAUGAAUAAGCUACAACCUGGUGACCAAAUACUUGCGGUAAAUGGCGAAGAUGUUAAGGAAGCUCCAAGGGAUCAUGUCAUACAAUUAGUACGUGUGUGUGAAUCUCAAGUAACACUAGAAGUGUGCCAGCCAGCGAACCAUCAUGUCCCUGGUCGAAAGUCUACAUUACUAUCAGCGGGGAAACGAGCAAAGUUACGUUCUCGUCCCAGUCGUGUACGUUUUGCUGAAAGCGUGUGCGUUAAUGGGGCUCCUUUAUUUCCGCCUUCAGCGUUUUCACUCGGUGACAUUUGUGUGCCACCAAUGGCAAAUGUGCUCAAAGUAUUCCUUGAAAAUGGUCAAACGAAGUCUUUUAAAUAUGAUGCCACAACAACUGUACAGGAUGUCGUCUCAUCACUUUAUGAUAAGUUGUACUUAUCGGCUGGGGAACACUUCAGUCUUGUAUUAGAACAUGUGAAAAGUCUGAAGAGAAAUAAACUCACACUUUUGGACCCAGAGGAAUCACUAGCUAGGAUAGCAGCUCGCCCUGGUGCUCACAAAUUGCGUUGCCUUUUUCGUGUGACUUUUGUACCAAUUUCAGCUGCUGAUUUGGCCCAACGAGAUCUUAAUACUCUCGAUUAUUUGUAUAUGCAGUGUUGUAAUGAUGUAACACAAGAACGUUUUGCUCCCGAAUUACAGCCUGAAGUAGCGUUACGUCUAGCAGCAUUGCAUAUGCAUCAACAUGCGUUAGCAAAUAGCGUUUCACCAGCAAAACUCACCGUUAAAGUUGUUGAACGAGAGUUUGGAUUGGAACGUUUUGUGCCUUCAUCAUUAUUCGAGGGAAUGAAACGGAAGGAACUGAGGCGCCUUAUUUCACAUUUCCUAAAAUUAAAUUCUCAAAUGACUGGAUCUUCUACAAAAACACUUACACAGCUACAAGCAAAAAUCCAUUACCUUGAUAUCAUAUCCGGUCUACCAAGCUAUGGGGCUAAAUGUUUCAGCACGAACCAAAGAGAAGGUGUCGAACGAGUUCUUUUGGUGAGUCCUCGAUUCGGACUCAGCCAGAUUGCUGGAAUGAGAAAUUCAGUGCCACAACCGAUUUCAUCAAUUGAGGACUUUACUCAAGUGAUUGUCAAUCGUGAGGACGAUGUCACAUGUGCAGUUGGAGUAUUUAUGGUUGGUGAUCGUGUAGCUAAAUUUUCAAUGGAAGACCGUGAUGCUUGUGAAUUUUCACUUGUCCUUGCUGGGUAUUUCCGUUUACUAACAGGUAAGGACUUACCCGUAGAUAGAGAACGUGAAAAAUAUGACGAAGACAAUGCACCAUCGUAUCUCGCUCAACACACUGUUCUACCAUCCACUUGGAGUUAUCUAUCGCCAUUCCAUAAUCGUGCACAUAGUAUAAACUUUUUGCUACCACCACCAUAUCAUUCGGUCAAGCAACUAACUAUUUCAUCAAACGAUUCGACCAGUUCAUCUAACGCUGUUAAUUCCACAAUACCAUCAAUUUCCAACCCCAUGAGAAGUGGUGAUAGUUUGGCAGGUAAUAAAGUGGAUGUAGCGGGUGGCAAUGGCAAUCAAUGCGACCGCAAUAUGAAUACAACUAUGCUGGCCAACAACAACCACAAAACAAAUGGAGGAAGGCCAGGUGGUCAUCCUGUGCCACACACCCUCGACUUGGACAUUCACAGUGUAAUGGCUAUGGAAUUACACGAAGACGGAAAGGACUCUGGACUGAGCGAUAGCAGUGGUGGUGGAAGUAGUUCCGCAAUGUAUUGUCCCGCAUCGAAAGGAUUAAUUGAAGCACGCAAUGAAGAGGUCCUUCGACGAGUUGCUGAGAUGCAGAAAAUGGUUGAAAAUUCGGAACAAUACUUGAACGAGCACGGCGAAUUCAUUGAUGAAGAAUUUGAAAAUGAUGCAAAAGGAGGUUACAUUGGUAGCAUACAGACACGAAGAAAUGGCAGCACUGCCUAUUCACCCAAUCUUAGUGUUGGCGGUGGUGUAAUUGAGUUUGUUGAUAGCGAUUGUGAUAGUCUGAAUAGUAGCAAACUAUCAUCAAAUGAAGAUGCACCACCACCGGGAGCAUUGAAACAUAGUGAUUCGUUGGUUCUGCUGGCCGAAUCGAUUAACCAAGAUUUGAGUGGCAUAACAAAAGGUUUAAAUUCCAUUAGUUCAAGUAAUAAUCAAGGUUUGGAUAGUGGCGUUGUAAGUCAAAGUGAAACCACACCAAAACCUUCUAGGAAAAUGAAUGGCUUAAGUCAGCUUCUAAGUGAUUUGCAAGCUUUGGGCCAUGAUUGUUCGCAAAGUGAAAGUGAUUCAGAAUCCGUUCAUACACCAAGCACAUCUCCUACGCACAAGCGACCACCACAAACGCAUCAAAAUAAAAAGAACUUAUACCGAACAAGCUUUGGGCUACAUAGUCCAGAUGGUACUUCUGUUGGUACAGACGCUAAAGACUAUAAUCUCAAAGAAUACCUUAAACAGCUGAAAGAAUAUAGCAAGGUGGACAGUAAUAACCAAGACACUGAUCUAGCUGCAAAAAAACUAUCUGAAAUUUAUGGCUUUGAGAUAGGAGAGGAUACAUUCAUAGAGACUGACCCAGACUUGAUAGAUCUACGUGCAAUACCGCCACCCCAAACACCCGAUGAACUUGAUGCCUUGUCAAUUUUGAAUGCUGCACCAAGGGGAUUCGGUGAUAGUAGUAGUAGCAAUCGUAGUGAAGAUGGUGAUGGUGAUUUGGAUAAAUUCUUAGCAAAGGUUGUUAUAGCACCUCCGACGCAAAAGGCUACCCCCGCAAAAGAACUGACCCCUGAGGAAAUUAUGUCUUUUAUCAUUCCUCCUCCACCAAAUCUUGAGGAGCAACAAGUAGAAAAGCAGCCCAAGUGCAUUGACCAACUUGAUCGGGAUUUUGAAGAAUGUUUAUACAGUAAUUCAAAAGAUAUGUCGUUAGAAAAUCGAACCAGUAAUGGGACUGGUAGACCAAUGAAAACAACUGCAACGCAUGUCAUUGAAUAUGCUACGGUAGAACGGAAAGGUGCAUUUUCUUGCUGUGCAAAGAGCAAAAAGGAAGAAACCAGUAGUAAUGCCGCCGCUUCUCUUGAACCUAAUGAUUCCAAUCCGAAUACUGUACUAAUGCUACCACCAAGACGUUGUACACAUUCGGAUAGUUUAAAUCCACCAGCACGACCUCCCAAGAGUGCUGAACUACAGAACCGAUAUUCUCCUAAGAAACAAAUAUCCUUUGCCCCCGAAGUCAAACAACGUGAAGUGAUAACGCAGAUUGAUAAAAGUUCAUAUCCUCCUCCGGUACUUCCACCACGGUGUGGUGAUGACCGGAGUCUUUCGCCUGUGGUGAGUUUUCCCCCAAAAAAACCACCUUUGCCUCCAAUAUCAUCGCGUCCUAUACUUCGUGCUCCACAUCCUCUACCUUCACCAACGCGACAUAUCCAAAACAAUGAUAAUUUGGCUGCUAAAUUAUCUGGAAUGGGAUCAACUCAUUUUCAACAUAAUCCGAGUGCAUUGCGCAGUGACUUUGACAGCACUUUUAAUACCAAACAACAGACAACCACCCAUCAGCAGAAUCGUUUUAACGGGCAUUAUCGUUCCAAUAGUGAUUGUCCUCCGGUCUGCUUGAAAAAUCCCUCUCCAAACAAUAAACCACAACUUUCCCUAUUAUGUUCACCACAAAUGUCCCGCAAAUUUAACCAUAGUCCAUCGCCAGUUGACAGGCUUAUUUCGAAAAAUGGCUACAUUAUCGAUGUUGAAGCUUUAUUAGCAAAAACUGAUGUUGCAAUGGCUGGAUUGUUAGUGAAGUUAGAUCAAGUGGCAGCUCAAUGUACAGCUGCUCAGGCAGCUGGCGGAGGUUCGAGUAUCAAUGAAGAAAAAUUCCAGAGAGCUAGAGAGGAACUGACCGAGCAAACUCUAUGUCUAGUGACUGCAUCAAAGUUAUUAGUUGUUGCAAUGUCUGAUAUGACAUUGUUUACACUACCUGAACACUUGACUUCAAGUCUGACAGCAAUACGUCGAAUAACUGAAUUGACCCAAGACAUGACAAGACAUACAUCAUCACCUUUACAAACGAGAAAUAUUGUAUUGAAAGUACAUGAUGUUUCGUCGAGUUUUAGAGAACUCGUUCAAGUACAGAUGGGACCUUUGGGUGCAGGGCAAUUAGCUUUGCAAGCCGAAUGCUUAGCAAAUGUACUGGCAACAUUGCUUCGUAGCCUAAGAGUGUUUUCGCCAUAAACAAAAAAAAAACGUUAAAUGUUUUAAACUUUUUUAGAUAGGUAACAAGUAUAAUUGAGAAGUACAAUAAAAAAACAUAAACAUGCUCUAUGGAAAUUUAUAAUAUCAAAAACAUUUUUGUUUACCUACUUUUUGGAAUUAAUUUUUUUAUGAACGAUAUACGGGGGAACCUUUUCGGCUUUAGAACUACACAUUGUGUUUAAAAUAAUUUCAAAUAAAAUGAAAUCCGAGACUUGGGCGCAAGUAUUUGAUUUAAUUAGAAAAAUAGCAUAGAAUAUUAAAGCUUUUGAAAACAACAAGAACAAUUUUUAAUUGAGUUUAUCAUUUUUUAUUUUAAAAGAAUGAAUUUUAUGUGCGACAGAACAGAUAUUUUUUUAUUAAAAUUGCUAGAGUCUUGUUUGAGAAAAAACAUGUUUCCCAUUUUGGUUUAUUCUGAAAAUCAACUUCCGUUCUUAUGAAUCAAAAAAC